AUGUUGGCCAGAACACAACUAUCCAGCUCAGGGCUCAAGAUGAUGAAAUCUCAGUUUACCAGGCCCAUGGCCGUUUCCUCGCUGAGAAGAUGUAUAACGACUUUGCCUCAACCCGCUGGAGGAGUUAUUGGAACUGUUAACGACGCCUACAUCGCUCCCCCUGCUUCCAAAACUCAUGGUUCUCUUCACUGGACCACUGAAAGACUCGUUUCUGUGGGGUUGGUUCCAUUGACCUUUGUUCCAUUGGUUACCGGGGUCGAGUACGGUAUUGCUGACUCCAUUCUUGCAGCGUUGCUUCUCGUCCACAGCCACAUCGGUUUCGGCGCAUGUAUUGCCGAUUAUAUCCCAGCCAGAACCUACGGAAGCCUUCACAACUAUGCAAUGUAUCUUCUUUCGUUUGGAGGACUCGUGUCUGCGUACGGUAUCUACGAGAUCGAGUCCAGGGAGAAGGAAGGUUUGAUUGGUAUUAUCAAGAAGUUAUGGACUGCUUAG